AUGGACCAUUCCAAACUUGAGGCCCUGCAUGUGAGCAGUGACCCCAUGCUGGAUGCCAUUGAACUGCUUCCUCUCGAGCUCCAAGACUGGGUGGGACCUCAGGUUAAACAGUGGCACCAGCACCUGCCCGAUCCUAGCGAAGAAAGCCUGCUUCCCAAGCUCUUUGAUUCGUGCGCUGACUACCAAAGGACUUUUUUACCUCUCCUGUACGCAGAGGUCGUGGAAGAGGUUGGUGCCACGCUUCAAGCACGCCAAUCAAAUUUGGAUCGCGAUGCAACGUCCGGCUUGCUCUUUCCGGAUGGUCGCUUGGUACUGAACGAACGUUGGAAAGAUCAGCAACGCCUCCUUGUCAAUGACAUUGUGCGUGUGAAGCAACUGACUGGGAGCAAACAGAGCUUUCAAGCCAUGGUGAGCCAAGUUUUGGACAAGAAUGAAUUCUCCGUUGUGUGGUCCAAGCGUGCUGAGCCGUGGCGCGAGGAUGUCAAGGUGCAGGUCACCCGUCUCUUUCCAGGCACGGGUUACAAGCGGCAAUUUGAUGCGCUGAUGAAGAUACAGAUGUUACCCUGGCCCAUUGUAUCCACGCUGCUGUGCGGGCCGCCCCGAACUUUGACGGACUCGCGUGUCAAGCUUGCCCACAUUGACCGUAUUCUCAAGGCCAAGGAAGCUGAACUCAACGCUUCUCAACGUGCGGCCAUCGAGAUGGCGUUGACACAUCGCAGUUGUAUGGUCGCCAUCCAAGGUCCACCCGGCACAGGAAAAACCCACACCAUCUACCACAUGGUGGUGACAAUGGCGCAAACCCUCAGUGACAGCGGUUCGAACGGAGGCGCGACGCGCAUCCAGCGACCGACCGAUAGCCACGCACAGAAAAUUCUCAUCUGCGCCCCAUCCAACGCCGCCAUUGAUGAAAUUUUGGUCCGCUUUUCCCGCUCUGCCGAGCUCCGCGCGCUCAAUAUUGUACGGCUUGGCCAAGCCAGCAGCGUGACCCGGAACGAGGCAUCUACCUUUUCACUCGAUGCCCAGCAAGGACAGCGCCGCAGCAAAGUGCUUGACCAAAUGCGUUCCGUUGAUGACGAACUGCGAUCGAUCGAGCAUGAAGCCCGGGCUGCAGAAUCCACAGACCAAUUUCUCAAGAUGAAUGCCCAUGCAGGAGAUUUGAGCGCUCAACGCGACUUGAAAAAUCGAGAGCAGGAGCAGCGCCGUGCCGCGGCGCGCCAGGCAGAAUUGCAAAGCAGGCGACGGGCUAUGAAAAAAGAUUUGUCGGCGCUUCAAGAAAAGUCUCGCAAUUGGCUGAGCCAAGCAGACAUUAUCUGCACAACCCUCAACGGGGCAGCGCUGGAUGAUCUUACCCGCGCUGCUGGUGUGAGCUUUGCGUAUACCAUCAUUGAUGAGGCAGCCCAGUGUGCUGAGACAGAAGCCCUGGUGGCGCUACAACGCUGCGGCUCCAAAACCAUCCUGGUUGGGGACCAUCGGCAGCUACCCGCUACGCUCCUCUCUCCGUUGGGUAGCCGUGUGUACGGGCGCUCCAUGUUUGAGCGCUUGUACCCGCUUCUGCACGCCAUCCAGGCCGCCGUCAUGCUUGACGUCCAAUACCGCAUGCACCCCAAGAUUUGUGCCAUUGCCAGCAACCUCUUUUACGAAGGCCGUCUGGAGACGGACCCCACUGUCGCCACGCGUCGUAGCCGAGACCCCAUUUUGCGGGGCACGAAGGAAUCACCCUUCCUAUGGUAUGACACUCCUCCAGAAACAGAGGCUGCCAUGACGCGAGGCGGACAGGGCGGUCCCAAUUCGUACAUUAACGUGCGCGAGGCUGAGCAGGUGAUUCAGUGCUUGCUCACGCUCUGCCGCAUCCGUCUGGGGCUGCGGAACCGCGUGACAAUUGUGACGCCAUAUGCGGCCCAGCGCAACUGCAUCAGCGAUCAUCUCACUUGGGCCUUUGGCAAGGCGGCGAACGCAGUGCGUGUCAGCACGGUUGACGCCAUGCAAGGCCAAGAAUCAGAUGUUAUCAUAUACAGCGCCGUGCGCACAUCCGCGCUUGGCUUUACAAGUGAUCGUCGCCGAAUCAACGUUGCGUUGACUCGAGCCAAGACCUGCCUCAUCGUUUUGGGUUCCAAGCUUCUGCUAACAGACCCGACUUGGCGUGGAGUGUUCAAUCAUCUUUCAAAUAUGGAACACCUCCUUCCCUUUGAUGCCGAGCCUCCUUACCUCAAGUCUAGCAGUUCCUUUGUUGCGCUAGAUGAGCCAGUGGGGCACAUUGCAUCAAACGCACUUGGCACGCCCGGUAACUUUUGCGAUCCCAAGGAUCCUCAGAUUCUACAGUACCGCCAGGGCGCGGCAGUUCGCGAGAGCGUGGCCCUUUUCAAGGGCGCGGGCGUGCACAUGAGCGCCGAGAUCGGGAUCGUGGUCAUAGUCGAGAGCGCAAGAACGACGGUCAACAACGGAUCCAAGGUGCUGGAUCAAGCCGCGGCAGAGGGCGAGAAGGGCGUCGGUUGCCGGGAUAUCAAGCCCCCGGUCGAGGCAAUCGGCCUCAUCACCAUCAUCACCAUCAUCAUCAGCAGCAGCAGCAUCGAUCCGGGCCUCACCCCCAUCCGCAAUUCCACCACCAUCAGCAGCAGCAGCCACAACCGCGGCCGGGCCUAG